CAUCGGUAGACAGAACGGGAGAAAUAAACUCCGAAAAGUGCCGCCACCGCGGAACGGGAGCAUCGACUGACAACGGAGAACGAGAGAAGAGUCAGUAAAUUUUUCACUCGCACACAAAAAGGCGUCGGAAGGCUUGCAGAAGUUUGUUGCUAGCGCGUUUUGUAAUCGUAUUUUGGCCGGGAAAUCCUGCACGGAACCAGCAUGAAUGUCGAGGAGGAAGUGCUCAAGAUCCAGAAGAAGCUGGGAAAGAUGACCUCGUCCGAUGGAACGGGUCAAGAACAAGCGUUGGAUUUGCUCCGUGAGCUACAACGUUUGAAUGUCGACUUGGACAUUCUAACCAAGACGCGCAUCGGCAUGACCGUAAACGAACUGCGAAAGUGUAGCAAAGACGACGAAGUCAUUAGUUUGGCCAAGUCGCUCAUCAAGAGCUGGAAGCGCUUCCUAGCGGCUACUCCACCUACGAAGGAAUCAUCCAAGGAUUCGUCCAAAUCAUCGAGCAAGUCCUCGAGCAAAACCAACAGCAAAUCCGAUGGGAACAACAAGAAGGAAUCCGAAAAAGAAAAAGAGGUUAAGAAACCGACCCAGACAAGCUUUCCAGCUCCGCCGAAUAGUACAACCGAUGCCGUGCGCCUGAAAUGUCGCGAGAUGCUGACCAACGCCUUGCGUGUAGAUGGAGAACCCCCGGAAGGUUGCCAGACACCUGAGGAACUUGCAGAUGAGCUCGAAGAAGCCAUCUUCGUGGAGUUCAAAAACACCGACAUGAAGUAUAAGAACCGCGUCCGCUCGCGGGUAGCAAAUCUGAAGGAUCCCAAAAAUCCCAGCUUGCGAAGCAAUUUCAUUAGUGGAGCAAUUACCGCGCAGCGCCUUGCCAAAAUGACUCCCGAAGAGAUGGCCAGUGACGAAAUGAAAACCCUGCGUGAUCGUUUUGUUAAAGAAGCUAUCAACGACGCGCAACUGGCUACCAACCAGGGAACCAAAACCGAUCUCCUCAAGUGCGGCAAAUGCAAGAAACGUAACUGUACCUACAAUCAGCUGCAGACACGUAGCUCUGAUGAACCUAUGACAACGUUCGUUAUGUGCAACGAAUGCGGACAUCGCUGGAAGUUCUGUUAAUUUAUCGUGGAGUUUCAACAUGUUUCAUUAUAAUGGAUUCACCUUGAGCAACAGCACAUCACCUAGUAAUACAUCUGUUAGGUUUAUCCAUGGUUGGAGAUAAAGUGUUGCUUGGACUAUCCGAUCAAAAGAAAGAAUAAAUAAUUAUUAUUUCUUAACUCGUAGAAUUCAACUCAGUUUCAUUCCGGUUAGAAAACAAGUUUGAUAAAUUGAUUAAGUUGCAAAGUGUACCUUUAAAAUGUAUUAUUUGAACAUGAACAUGUUGCUUCGGCGCAAAUAUAGUGAAAGCAUUAUUUCAGAGAUUUGUGUUGUUAUAAGCAAUUCUAUCGCACCUAAGGAGCACCAACCAGUUUGUGGCGAUAGUUUUAAGCCCAAUAAUAGUAUUGGUAGUGACAUGAGAUUCGUUUGAAUUUAUUUUAUUUUAGUUAUUUAUAGCUUCCACAUUCCUAGUGUGUAAUAAAAAAAUACAAAUUGAACAAAUGCUUUUUCAUCAUCAUUCAACAUGUCUUAGAAGGUCUCUGUUUUCAAACUUUAUGGUCUAGUAAAUCCUAAAUUGUAAGUCAAGAAUCCAUGUAAACC